GAGUAGUAAAAGUGAAAGGCCCCCCCCAUUAUACAAGUACAAACAUAAUACGCAUGGUUUGGUAAUUUUGUGGCGUCACAUUAACUCGACGUCCUUCACCAAACUAUCAUUUGCCUAGCGCGAGGUAGCGAUUGCUUCAAUCCCCCCACUUAAAAAUUGCUGAAUAACGAUGGGUCAGUCGACCACAGUGGAAUCAAGUUCAUCUCGAAUAAUUGAGGCGAUGAUCGCUCGGGCAUCGUCACCAGUAGCGAUUUGUUAGCGGUGCGGAUAUUCGAGUCAUUCAAGAUGUGCGCGUUCUGAAGUCAAGUUCAUGAUAAGAUAUUUUUCAAGCGUUGCAUUCGUCUGCAGUAUUGGUAUAGUUCGAUCGACUUGACGCGUGCAAUCAUGUUACGACACUCGCUCGUAUUGAUAGUGAUCUGUUUAAUUGGUGGAAUUAUUCGCGUGGGAGAUGGUUACAGAAUUUUGGGAAUAUUUCCGGCACCCUCGAUCAGUCAUCAGGUUGUUUUUCGCGCACUUAUGAUCGGCUUGAAGGAAGCGGGCCACGAAGUCGUCGUGAUAACUUCGAACCCCAUGAACGAUCCAACGUUGAAAAACUACACCGAGAUCGACGUCUCUUUCACUUACAAAGAUUUCAAGGUGAAUCAUUUCGAAAAUCGAGCCAAUGGGAUUCACUGGAUCGAUUGGUUCGGCACCGGUCACGACGUCUUCGUCCACAUGACGGAUGGAAUUUUCAGUUGUCCACAAGUGAAAAAGUUGUACGCGCCCGACAGUAACGAAAAAUUCGAUCUGGUCAUUGUUGAGAUGCAUUACUGGCCGGGACUCUUCACUCUCGCUCAUCGUUUCGACGCACCUCUGAUAGGUAUAUCGUCGUUGGAUAUACCUUUGAACGCUCACUAUGCGAUCGGAAAUCCCAUACUGUCGGCCGACAUCAUGAAUUGGGAACUUGACUUUAUGGUCAGCGGAGAAUUGUCUUUUUGGCGGAGGUUGCAGGCUUUUUUCACCACUUGGAGGCAUCUCUAUUGGUACAGAAACGAGUACUUGACCAUACAGCAGGGUAUCGCCGAGAAACAUUUAGGCAAUGGGAUUCCACAUAUAGCCGAAGUCGAGAACAACGUCAGCCUCGUUUUGAUUAAUUGCCAAUUUCCAAUCACCUUUGCUCGACCGUAUGUACCGAACGUAAUCAUGAUGGGAGGACUCCACCUUGCCAAGCAAGAUCAGGAGUUGCCAAAAGAUCUGAAAAAAUUCAUGGACGAUGCCACGGACGGUUUCGUUUACAUGAGCCUUGGCACCAACGCUAAAAGUGCCUUAAUGCCCAAUCAAACACUGGAUGCCAUCAAAUCCGCAUUUUCAAGGCUACCGUACAAAGUCUUGUGGAAAUAUGAAGAUGAUUUUCUACCUGGCAAACCCGAAAAUGUUUUCACCAUGAAGUGGCUACCGCAGCAGGCUGUUCUGGCGCACCCAAACUUGAAAGUUUUCGUCUAUCAAGGAGGUCUUCAGAGCACAGAAGAGGCCAUCACCAACGCCGUACCUGUGAUCGGACUUCCGGUUCUCGCUGAUCAAGAUUCGAAUGUCGAUAAAAUGGUUCAACUAGGCACAGGAAAGAAACUGGAAAUCACCAAGCUCGACGCUGACGAAAUGUUACAAGCCAUCACGGACGUUGCCAGUGACAAAAGUUACAAGCAAAAGAUGAUCGACACGCGCACCCUGAUGAACGACAAGUCGCACAAUGCGUUGGAAAAUGCGAUUUGGUGGGUAGAGUACGUAAUUCGUUACAAAGGCGCUCCGCAUUUGCAUUCAACGGCAGCUGAUCUUCCAUGGUACAAGCGACAGGAUAUGGAUAUGAUUGCUUUUGUUACUGCCGCAUUCUUUCUGAUUUUAAAUUUAGCGCUAUUCAUCUCAUAUCAGCUGUGCAAGGGCACAAUGUUCCGUAAUGUCAAACCUGCGGAGGAAAAGAUAAGGAAACGCAAAAAAAUAAAUUAAUUUCGAACAGCGCGAUGAUUCUUGUCAAUGCACACUCGACAGUGGACAACGCUCAUUCAAUCAUCUUUAAUAAUUAUUAAUAACGCGACAGGUUGUACAACUAGAUAUAACUUUGUUAUUGAAGAGAUUCGAUAAAAAUACGAUAGUAUGGAAUGAGGUUGUCUCACUUGUUAUCGUGAAUUUUACAACGUUAUCUUCAACUUUUAUUCGGUAUUCAUAUUUCUUUCAUUUCCCUGAAGAUCGACAAAUUAAUUCUCAUAUUGAAGUAGGGCAAAGUCAUACUUGACGCACGCAUACAUGCGGUACAGCGGUGAUCUAUGAACAUUUUAGAUUACGUAAUCCGUCGAUGGUGCUCCAACUCUCCUAUUACGAAGUAGAGACCUUGACACGUGCGUGAAUGAUUAUCAGCAAGUGUAACGAGUAUUACAAAUAAAAAGCUUGGGCAAUCUGA